AAAUAAGGGGCUGCAAUAAAUUACGUCACAUUAAAAAGUGCGCCAAAACGGCAUUUGUUGUUUGAAUUUCUCAUUAAAACCUACGAAAUGUGAGGCUUUGUCGAAUGCAGACUCAAUCUGUCCUCGAAGUAUAGCUUAUAAACAAGUGCUUCACAGACUAGCGACGCCUUUAGCACUUUCCGGAGCCAACAAACAUUUGCACAUUUGCAUGCUAUGUGUGAUUAUUAGCCCAUAUCUUUCACCAUCUCCUAAUAAUGUAGUCAUGUACCAGGAAGAAAAAGUUUUGAAAGCUGUGUGGGGUGGUACUUUUGCCCCCGUGGUACAAAUGUGUAGCUUUAGAAAACGUAGGCUAAUGCCCCAAUGACCGCUUUUGUAAGUGAGAAUAUAAAUAUAUAUUAUUCAGGGACAAGAAGUCUACUCAUCUUAAGUUAUAUGUAAGUCCUUGUACUCUUGCUUCAGAGCUAAAGAGUAUUUCCCUAACCAUCUAUUGAGUGUGGUCAGCAUUUUUUUUCUUUCAGAGUUGAUAUAUAGUUCCCUGAAUAGUUUCACAGAGGAAGAGAACCUCUUUAGUUCUCAGACCAGUUUGUCUUUGCUUCAACAGGCUGCUUUAAUAUUCGUAGUUGGAGGACUACAGCAUCAUGGUGUGUCCAGCUCUGCUGCUUCAAUCCUUCAUCUGGAUCUCUCUGAUGGCCGAAGGUGUGCGGUGUGACGUGACUCACAUCGUCAGCAGGAUGUGUGUGGUUCGGCAGUCGACGGCGCUCAUACCCUGCAAACACACUUCUGGACGCGAGAAGGGGAGCGCAGCCGCAUGGCUCUUCGAGAAGCCGCCGGGGCAGAGGCGCAGGGUUUCCGAGGACCCUGCGUUUGAGGGCCGCGUGGAGUUCGUGCCGCCUGACGCUGGGAACUGCUCGAUGCUGCUGAGGGACGUGAGAGAAAGUGACUCCGGCAUCUUCCGGUUUGUGCUGAGCGCCGCUUCCGGACAAAACUGGACAAACGAUCAGGGAAUCAAGCUGGAGGUAACAGGCGUGGAGUUGGAGGUAAAGACAGAGUCUGAUGUUGUGAUGGUGGGAGACUUGGUCCUGUUUGUCUGUGGUUCAUGCAUCCCCUCCAUGAACCUACCAACCUACAUUUGGAGGAAAGACAGCCAUGUGCACAGUCAACAUCAUGGAGAAAACAUGCUUGUUUUGGAGUCUGUCGAGCCGGAGGACGGAGGACGAUAUUCCUGCACUAUAAGCAGCCAUACUGUCAACUACACAUCUGCUGAAAUCACUCUCAGACCUAAAUAUCCUCCUCGGAGCGUCCGGGUGUCCGUCAGUCCUUCUGCUGAAGUAGUGGAGGGAGAUUCAGUGACUCUGAUCUGCAGCAGUGACUCAAACCCUCCUGCUCUGAACUUCAGCUGGUUUAAGGAGAAUCAAAGCUCAGCUGUUGGAUCUGAACAGAGUUUGAUCAUCUCCAGCUUUAACUCCAGUCACAGUGGACUCUACUAUUGUGAGGCUCAGAAUCAACUUGGCUUUCGGAGAUCAGCGUCUGUGUCUUUAACAUCUGCAGGUGUUCAGAAAACCGCUCUGUACGCAGCUGCUGGAGUCGGGGCUGGGAUCGUCUGCAUCUGCAUCAUUACUGUAGUAAUAAAAAUCAUCAGGAAGCGAGUGACUCCGUCAGGAUCAGGACGCAGUAAGCCGCUGGAGUCUCCUGAAGACGCCUACAUGAGCCUUGAGCCCAAGUCCAGAUGUUCUGAAUACGACACGCUGGAUAACAUGAAGAGAUCCUGUGAAAACACAGAGCAGCCUGAAGAUCAGGAAGCUACAUAUGAAGACAUAUGAUUAACUAAUUAUUGUCACAGGCGGUGGAUGUCAUUCCCUGGACAGCCACCAGUGGGCCUUUUUGUAGUUUUGUUUGUAUGUCCUGGACUACGUCUCCCAUACCUCCGUGCACCCGAUUAUCUGGUUGCUUGUCACCACCUGUUUGUCAUGUAUUUAUUUAGCAUGGAGCAUGUUCUCUGUUUAGUUUGUAUUAUGUUGCUGUAGUGUUGUUUGUGUAACCCUGCGUCCUGCUCUUCUGGCUCUGACUUUGCUCUGUGGAUUUAUCAUUAUUGUAUUUUUAGAUUUAUUUUUUCACACUGCUAAUCAUGUGACCCUGGACCACAAAACUAUUCAUAAGGGUCAUAUUUUUGAGAUUUAUACAUCAUAAUUUACAUUAAUGUAUUGUUUGUGUAAAACAAAAUUUGGCAGAGACUUGAAAAUGUGUUCAAAAAUACCUAAUAACUGAGAGAACUGUUUCAUUUUUGUCCAAAUGAAAUUCUAAGCAAUUCAUAUC